UUGGCUUUUGAUGGGAUAUCUAACAAGAAUCUGAAAAACUAGGACAGCUCAGACAAUGGUUGAAUGAUUAUUGGAAUGUGUUGGACUUGAGGACUAAAAAUAUAGGUGAAUCCAUGAGCAGACCGAUCCUUUGUUCGAGCGCCAGACUCAAGCUGAAGUAAGGUGCAAUGUUAGAACAUGGAUGAGAAAUGAGCAGAUCAUUCAUAUGGGAUGAAGAAAGUUGGAAAUUUAGACUACACCAUAUCAUGGCUGACUUUAUUGAUAAUUACUUGGACGCAUAUUAUUCAGGGUGGAAUCUUUCCAGACAAAUUUGGUGUUGUGACUCCAAAAGAUCCUUUCAUUUACAUUGGCCAGAAUGUCUCAUUGUUUUGCAACAUUACAACCAAUCACAGCAAUAUUGAAUCAGGUCAGAUGACGUUUGAAAAAGACCGAAUCCCAGUGGACAGAAGAUACAUCACACAUCUGGGCCCGAGGGUCAUCCAUCUUGAACUUCCAGUCACCUCUCUGCAGGAUGAAGGAAGUUACAUUUGUAUCUUGAGAAAACCAGAAGUGCUUUUUCUUGGAGUACAAUAUGUAUCUGUUGAAUAUCCCCUCAAAGCCAUCAAGUCUGUGGAAUGUAGAGUCUUGGGGUUUGAAACUCUUUCUUGCAACUGGACAGUUAUACAGUAUCACCAUAGUGACAUCAUUCAGUCAACUCUCCUUUACAGAAUUGAAUAUCCUCUGGUUUUUAAAGGCAGGAAAUGGCAACUAUGCAUGAACAGUUCAAUCAGCUCCUGUUUCUGGCCACAGGGGGAGUUUUUGUUUGACUUUAACAUCAUCAUGGUGAUCGUAACUAACAACAGUGUUACUGGUGACUCAGUGAUAUCACAACAGUUCAACAUCAUGCCUAAAUUUUGCAUCCAACCAUAUAGUGUGACUGACCUAAAGGUGACAGAACUAAACUGUUCAUGUCUGAGUUUAGUCUGGAGUGAUGGUAUUGACAGUGAGAACCAAUACCUCCACAAGGUGCAGUUGACAUCACAGUGGAAUCAAGACAUACAGGAAUUCACAACAGAAGAAAAACAUGUAACAAGAUGUCAGUUAAUUCCAUUUACAAACUAUAAAAUAAGUAUUACUCGCAGAAUGGUAGAAUCAGCUGGAACAAGGGAAGAACAGUUAAUUGGCUGGUGGAGUGAUCCUGCAAUUAUUGAGGUCAAAACUGAUGAGCUGGCUCCGGUGUUGGUGCCAGAAUCCUGUGUUGGAUGUUUCACAGUCACUGAUAAUGGGCAGAUCAUCAUCUAUUUCCAGACGUUAAAGUCUCAGGACUGGUACGGCACAGAGGGAGAAUACAUCAUCAACGUGACAAACCUGGCUACGGGAAGAACUCUGACCUUCUCAGAGCCUCCAUCAUCAAAUUCGUUCACCUUUCCUGAAAUGAGCAGUGCUGGUUUCACCGCGGAGAUCUACACCAAGAACAGAGCAGGAAUCUCCAAGAAUUAUACAUCAUUUUACAUACCAGACAAAAACAUAGGUCCCCAACUACCACACAACAUUGUAGUUGAGCUGGUGAACCAGACGGACAUGUUGGAAACGUAUCAUCUGACUUGGACGAACAUUUCACUGCUAAAUGGAGAUGACACUAACUACACGGUCUACUGGUGUCAACGAUCAUUAGAGCAACCUCAGUGCAUGGAUAAAAUUUUCUGGAAGGCGGUGCCAUCUUACAAAAAAGACCAGUAUAUUCAAAUACCUCAUGAUGCCUUCCACACGCAUCUCAUUGGGGUAUCCAUUGAACAACAUGACAGCAAUGGCGAUGUCAUCAGCAGUGGUAUCCAAUGGCAACAGUGUGUUUACAAUGUCAAUAAAGCUCCACAGCCUCCACAGAAGGUGCACUUCCUCGAUCACCAGUCAGUGAACAGUCUCAUUCUCGCUUGGACGUGGCCACCGUGUGCCGUGACGUCUUCCGUUUCACACCUCGUCCUCACUUACUGCAAGCUCAGUGAUGUCAGCGCUGCUGGGAACUGUUCCCAGCCACCUGUCAUGGAAACUGUCCCCAGUGAUGUAGACAGCUAUCGCAUAGACAGUCUUGAUGGUGGUGCAGUGUACAGGGUGCACCUGCAGGCCGUCUCACAGAACCGUGUUGGUCCAAGAAGCAACUCGAUUAUAUGUGAAGUCAGACGUGCAGACAUCUCAGGAACACCAUACAAUAUAUUUAUCAUCAUCAUAGUAGUAGUGAGCAUUGCUUGCAUUGCUAUUGUGGUAAUUAUUUGCAGGAAAAAGACCAAAUGUCCCAAAUUUCAACCCACAUAUCCUAAAUCAAAAAAGGAAUUUGAUCUGUACAAUCAGAGAAUCAAUCAAAGACAAAUACUGCAGAGACCUGAAUCGAUUCUGGUAAACAACAUUUCUGAGCACUACGAUCCGACAGUACCACGGAGGGCACGAGCUUCACAAAAUGCAGAAGAAAGAGUUCUGACAUUUGGCCAUAGAAACAAAGAUAUCCACAACACUAAUAGAGGAGGACAUGGUCACAUGACACAAGACAUUUCCUCAAGUACUGAGUUUGAAACUUUGAUUCCAACUUCAGACUCAUCUCACACCACACAUCCAGAGGUCCAUGUCACCAAUAGAAAACAUGGUCACACGACACAAGACAUUUCCUCAAGUACUGAGGUACAAGCUUUGACUCCAGUAUCUGACUCUUCUCAAACUACACAUCCAGAGGUCCAUGACUACAACAGAAAACAUGGUUACACGACACAAGACAUUUCCUCAAAUACUGAGGUACAAGCUUUGAUUGCAACAGCAGAUUCGUCUCAAAACACAGAUGCUGAUUCUUGCAUUUCAGUCAACACUUUCAAAUAUGUGGACCAGUUUCGACCAGACAACUUCAGCCAAACUAAUAAUAUAGUCAUGGAACAUACAGGCAAAAAAAGGGUGAAUGGUCACAAUAACACUGGUGUAACUUCUGCAUAUAGCCGUUCUCAACUACCCAGUGAUAAAACUGUUUUGUUCAGUGUACCAGAGGGCUGCCAGUUUGAAAUGACUGCAUUGUGCAAUGGUAAUGUCGCACCUAGUCCUCGGUUUAAGGUGCCUAAAACUGAAAGCCCGGAUGUUUCAAUGCAUGGUUACUCUCGGUUUGGUGUAGUCUCAGCAGACUAUAUUUCACCGGAAGAACUUUGAAUAUUUCAGCAGGUUAAUUGGACGUUAUUAUGACAUGCAUUCUUAGAGAGUCAAUAAAUAUUGAAAAAAAGAAGUUUCGUUUUGUUUAACGACACCACUAGAGCACAUUGAUAUAUUAAUCGGCUAUUGGAUGUAAAACAUUCGGUAAUUUUGACAUAUAGUCUUAGAGA